CGGUUCUAGUCGGCCACUGCAUCCUUUCAAACGGAUCUUCUUUUCAGGCAUCCUAUAUAUAGCGGCAUACUGCUUUGCAAAAGGUUGCAACGGAACACCACCAUUUUUUCCCUACGCCUACUCUCCAGGACAGCCAUCCGCCAUACAUCCUCAAUGUCGAGGCCCAUCAAUCCAGACGUCGUCAACCGCCCACUUGUGAUUUGCGGCCCUUCUGGUACCGGAAAAUCUACCCUCCUCAAGACUCUUUUUGAGAGCCAGCCUGAUACCUUUGGUUUUUCCGUCUCUCAUACUACUCGAAAGCCUAGGCCCGGGGAGGAAAAUGGCCGAGAAUACCACUUUGUCACCAAGGAAGAGUUUAUGGAGGGUGUCGGCAAGGGCGAAUUUUUGGAGUGGGCCGAAUUCGGGGGCAAUUGUUACGGAACUACAUUUGCUGCCUUGACCGCCCUUCAUCCCCGCCGAUGCAUUCUCGACAUUGAACUGCAAGGUGUCCUUCAGCUAAAGGCUAAGGCCCCGCUCCAAACCCCUCCCCUCGAACCGGUGUUUCUCUUCCUUUCUCCGCCUUCCAUUUCUCAACUUAAAUCCCGUUUGUCUGGGCGAGGUACCGAGACCGACGCCUCCAUCCGAAAGAGGCUCGAUGCUGCCAAGGAGGAGCUGAGGUACGCGAAGGAGGGCAAAUAUGAUGUUUACGUUGUCAACGAUGAUCUGAAGGUGGCUGGCGAAAAGCUUGAGAAAGUUGCGAUGGGUUGGGAGGGCUGGAAGACUUGCGGUGACGUCUUGCCAGAGCUGAACUUGGCUGAACUUGACUAAAUAGAUCACCCAUCCUAGAGAUUUAUCAAGUUAGAUCGUUCUAGACUGUUGCUUUUAUGCACAUACAUGCCUAUCUAAUUGUACACACAUUG